UUCGUUCGGCAGGAAAUUGCGUAAUGAGGCAAGGUUGGAGGUUAAAGGUUACAUAGGGUCAUAUCAGAUGGCUGUGGGUAAAUACACCUGCAUGGUUUUCUGUGGAUGACGUGGCAAGAUAUCAGUUUUCUGAAGAUCUCACGAGUUUAUAUGGUCAACAUAUCACAUUCGCUUAAUCAGUCAAUGCAAAAAACAGAUUUCUGGAUGUUUGGAGUAUCAUAAGGAACAGCAGAGAUAUAGUAUCUAUACUGACAAUGAUGAGCAAAGAAGAGAUCGGAGAACAGUUACUUGAGAAAGUUCGGAGACUGUGCCCGACCCAGUCCAACAAGGUGACUGGCAUGUUACUGGAGCUGCCUACAGACACAUUACUGGAGCUACUGAUGGAGGAGGGACAGCUGCAGGCAGCAGUGGUCAAGGCACAGGGGACAUUACUGGAAGGAGAGGCAAGGGAGACUGAAAGGGUUCAUUGUCAGGACCAGGUACCCGUGCUGGACCGGUGUGUGGCUCUAAGGGAACACUUACAUGCAGCAAUCUGUGCCAUGAACUCAUCAGACAAUACAGAUAGAAUUACCGAGGAACUACUACAACUGGAAGAAACAGAAGUCUUUAAGCUGCUGCAGGAUAGAGAACUGUUAGAAACUGCAGUACAAGAAGCACUUUAUAGAAUAGAGGGGCAGUCAUCUAGAUCUGUAACUGGUACGUCUGACUGUGUGAGCAAAGAAGACUUAGGAGACAUUCUCUAUGAAAAGGUUGAAGAACUGCAACCUGAUCUAUGUGCAAAAAUCACAGGAAUGUUACUUGAGUUGCCAGAAGACACCCUGCAGACAUUACUAGCUGACAAACAGGCCUUACAGACAGCUGUACACAGGGCUGUGAAAGCUGUACAGGGAGGGGAACAGCAAGGCACAGCUGGUCAGUCACAGCUAGAUCCAGAUAAACAGGAACUGGGGGAACAGCUGUUUGAUAUCGUGUCUGAUCGAUACGAGACAGAUGCUCCAAAAAUUACAGGUAUGUUGCUUGAAAUGGAAACUUCCAUCCUCACAAGACUGUUGGAAAGUCCUCAUGACCUGAACCACAGAAUUGACCAAGCCUAUGACGCUCUUCAUAAAACGUAGAUAAAGAUGUCAGUAACUGCAAUUACUUAAUAUAUACAGUUGCUACAAUUAUGCUAACAAAGGAUGAAUGGAUGAAGGAUAUGUGUAUUCAAUGAGGAAUAAUAUUGCAAUUGGUGUUGGAAAUCUGAUUUCCAUAGGUUGAUUUUGUUACAUGUUAGUGUGCAAAAGAUAGUGGGCUAGUUUUACCAUACACAUUUCUAUUGAAGAAUGUAUUGUACAUUUUCUGGUCAUGUCUACUGAAGAAAACAGUGUUUCUUGGUAACAGAGAAGACUAAAGCUUCUAAGGCCUUGAACUAGAUGAUUUUAAACUCAUUUAUAGCAAUCAUUUUUUUUAUUUACCAUAAUGAUCAUAGAAGGAAAUCUGGCUUGUUACAGUCUACACAGUAUGCUUCUUUUCCUACUAUCUUCAACAUAUGUGCAAUAAAGUCACUUUUAAGAUUGAAGUAUUAAA